CCGAUAUUGGGCCCUCCGUGCACUCAGCCCGAGCUCUGUUCAGUCACCUCGACGCCAAGCCCGACCACAGCACCACGAAUGUCUACUCCGGCCGGCGACGGUGAGGACCCCGGCGCAGGGACGCCGGAAGCAGCAGCGCCAUUCUCUGCCGACUGGAAGGAGCGGAUCUUGGUCCCCGUCGUGGCCGCCGGUGUUGUCGGAGCUGGGUUCGGGCUGGUGUCGCGGCACAGGGCGCGCCUUGGCCCGAUCCGCGCUGCCGCUACCUAUGCGGCUAACCUCUCCAUCGUGGCCGGAUGCUACGGAGGUGCACGUGAACUUGCAAGAGAUGCUCGAGCUACAACACCUGAUGACCUCAUGAAUUCUGUUGUUGGUGGGCUAGCAAGUGGAGCUGUUCUUGGCCGAAUACAAGGUGGUCACUUUGGGGCGGUGAAGUAUGCAGUCACCCUAGCGGUUGCUGGUACUGCACUGGACUAUGCCGCGAUGAAGCUAAGCCCUCAAUGGCGUGAUUGGAAAGAGCAUUUGUCCGUUGAUACGAAAGACUGGUUUACUGUACCCGAAUGGUCACCUAUCCAAGUGCUCGAUGAGGAGGCCUUGGCGAAGAAACGAGAGCGAGAGGAGUUGCUGUUUGCUCAGCGAGCACUUGGUAAAGUUAGCAAGGAGGAGCCUUAGCUGCCGUGCUUCAGAGAAGUGCAUACUGAUAUAUAGGUUCGACGAUUUUGUCAAGGCGUUGUAUGUCUCCAAGCCGUUGUGUCGGGAAGGUUGCCAGUUGCACCUAUCUUGCCCUGAGCUUUAUAUUAACCUUUUGACAUAUAUCUUUUUUUUUGUCCAAGACAUAUAUCUUUAUAAUCUUGUUUUGUUCUACUUAUUAGUAUGUCUGUACAAUACCAAUGGCUCUUUGGGCAUCCUAGGAAGAAUAAAUAUGGGAGAAUCCAAUCCAAGAUGGGACUUGGUGUGAGAGUUCCAAUGAAUUUCCAUUCCCUGCAA